CUUGAGAAUUCACAGCCAAAAGCGUUGAUCACGUUUCUGUUACAGAUAUAGGAAGGAUUCUCAGUAGGUCCAGGUUUCAAACAGGAAAAGGCAUGCAAUAAUUGACAAAAGUUGCUUGAAAUCACAGCUAUGUUCCUUCUCUGAAACUUCAAUUGCUUUAUUAUACUAUUAUAGGCAUAGCCAAGUCAAGCCUGCACCGUGUGGAGCCUAAUCAAUAUAAUCAGAGACUGCUGUUUGCCUUUUCCAUUUUUCAUCUCAUACUGCUCUGUCUUCUCAAUAUUUACUUGCCAUUUCUUUCUCACCUCCCCUGCUUUUAGUUUUCCUUGCACCUUUUCUACUUCUUCUUUUCCAUUCCAAAACAAGCUAUGGCUGAUGCAAUUCUUUCUGCUCUCGCGAGUACAAUCAUGGGGAACUUGAAUUCCCCAAUUCUUCAAGAGCUUGGACUUGCUGGGGGCCUAACGACCGAGCUUGAAAAUCUCAAGCGCACGUUCAGAACCAUUCAAGCUGUGCUGCAAGAUGCAGAGGAGAAGCAGUGGAAGAGUGAGCCUAUCAAGGUGUGGCUCAGCGACCUCAAGGAUGCAGCUUAUGUUGUUGAUGAUGUACUGGAUGAGUUUGCAAUUGAAGCUCAGUGGCUUCUGCAGCGAAGAGAUCUCAAAAAUCGAGUAAGAUCCUUCUUUUCUUUUGGUCAUAAUCCACUUGUUUUUCGACAAAGGAUGGCUCAUAAAUUGAAGAAUGUUAGAGAAAAACUAGAUGCCAUUGCCAAGGAGAGACAGAAUUUCCACCUAACAGAGGGGGCUGUGGAGAUGGAAACAGAUAGUUUUGUUCAGCGUCAGACUUGGUCUUCGGUGAAUGAAUCAGAAAUUUAUGGAAGAGGCAAGGAGAAAGAGGAACUAAUCAACAUGCUGCUCACUACUUCAGGUGAUCUCCCUAUUUAUGCUAUAUGGGGGAUGGGGGGGCUGGGUAAAACAACACUUGUUCAACUGGUCUUCAAUGAAGAAAGUGUUAAACAGCAAUUCAGUUUGAGGAUCUGGGUGUGUGUAUCUACUGAUUUCGAUCUCAGAAGAUUAACAAGAGCCAUCAUAGAGUCCAUUGAUGGUGCUUCAUGUGAUAUUCAAGAAUUGGAUCCCUUGCAACGAUGCCUCCAACAGAAGUUAACUGGAAAUAAGUUUUUGCUUGUAUUGGAUGAUGUGUGGGAAGAUUAUACUGAUUGGUGGAGUCAAUUGAAGGAGGUAUUAAGGUGUGGAUCUAAAGGUAGUGCUGUCAUAGUAACUACGCGUAUUGAGAUGGUUGCUCUUAGAAUGACACCAGCUUUUGUCAAGCACUUGGGGAUAUUGUCUGAAGAAGAUUCCUGGCAUUUCUUUCAACGGCUUGCAUUCGGGAUGAGAAGGAAAGAGGAGCGGGCACACCUGGAAGCCAUUGGAGUAUCAAUAGUGAAGAAGUGUGGUGGUGUUCCUUUAGCUAUAAAGGCACUCGGGAACCUAAUGCGGCUAAAAGAUAAUGAAGAUCAGUGGAUAGCUGUCAAAGAAAGUGAGAUUUGGGAUCUAAGAGAAGAAGCAAGCAAGAUUUUACCUGCUUUGAGGUUGAGUUACACUAAUCUAUCACCACAUUUGAAGCAAUGCUUUGCGUAUUGCGCUAUAUUUCCAAAAGAUCACGUGAUGGAGAGGGAGGAGCUGAUUGCUUUGUGGAUGGCAAAUGGCUUUAUUUCUUGCAGUGGAGAAAUGGGUAUUGAGAAAUUCAAUGAACUAGUGGGAAGGUCAUUUCUGCAAGAGGUGGAGGAUGAUGGAUUUGGCAACAUAACAUGUAAAAUGCAUGAUCUUAUGCAUGAUCUUGCACAAUCCAUUGCAGUACAAGAAUGCUAUAUGAGUACAGAAGGCGAUGGGAAGUUGGAAAUUCCUAAAACUGUCCGUCAUGUAGCUUUUUAUAACAAAUCAGGAGCUUCGUCUUCUGAAGUUCUCAAGGUCCUAUCACUUCGCUCACUUCUUUUGAGGAAUGAUGCUCUUCGGAAUGAAUGGGGAAAGUUUCCUAGUCGAAAACAUCGAGCCUUGAGAUUAAUAAAUGUCCGGGUGGAGAAUUUUCCGAAGUCAAUUUGUGAUUUGAAACAUCUAAGGUAUCUAGAUGUAUCAGGCUCCAGGUUCAAAACACUGCCUGAAAGUAUAACCUCACUCCAAAACCUCCAGACACUAGAUUUGAGAUAUUGCAGACAACUCAUCCAAUUACCAAAAGGUAUGAAGCACAUGAAAAGUCUUGUCUAUCUUGACAUCACAUAUUGCCGUUCACUUCGAUUUAUGCCUGCUGGAAUGGGGCAAUUGAUAUGCCUGCGAAAACUUACCCUGUUCAUUGUGGGUGGGGAGAAUGGUCGUCGCAUAAGUGAGCUGGAAGGGCUGAAUAAUCUUGCUGGUGAAUUAAGUAUCGCAGAUCUUGUGAAUGUUAAGAAUUUAGAAGAUGCUAAAAGUGCCAAUUUGAAGUUGAAGACAACUCUUUUAUCACUGGCUUUAUCUUGGCAUGAGAAUGGAGAUUAUCUUUUUGGCUCUUGGUCAUUUCCGCCAUCACAACAAAGAAAGAGUGUUAUACAGGCAAAUAACGAGGAGGUCCUUGAAGGGCUUCAACCUCAUUCAAAUCUGAAGAAGUUGAGGAUAUGUGGAUAUGGAGGUUCAAGAUUUCCUAAUUGGAUGAUGAAAUUGAACAUGACGCUACCAAAUCUGGUAGAGAUGGAGCUAUCAGCCUGCGACCACUGUGAACAACUUCCACCAUUGGGGAAAUUGCAGUUCCUCAAGAGUCUUAUAUUGCGUGGAAUGGAUGGUGUGAAGAGUAUUGACAGCAAUGUGUAUGGAGAUGGGCAAAAUCCAUUCCCAUCUUUGGAGACGCUGACUUUUGAGAAGAUGGAGGGAUUAGAGCAAUGGGCUGCGUGUACUUUUCCUCGCCUUCAAGAAUUGAAGAUAAUCGAUUGCCCUGUGUUGAACGAAAUACCAAUUAUACCCUCCGUCAAAUCAGUACACAUUAGGGGAGGUAAGGAUUCAUUACUGAGGUCAGUUAGGAAUCUCACUUCUAUCACUUCUCUUCAUAUUGAUGGGAUUGACGAUGUGAGGGAGCUUCCCGAUGGGUUUUUGCAAAAUCAUACCCUCCUUGAAAGCUUAGACAUUUGGGGGAUGCCAGAUCUGGAGUCUUUGUCAAAUAGGGUAUUAGAUAACCUUUCUGCUCUUAAAAGCUUGAGUAUUUGGGGUUGCGGGAAACUUGAAAGCUUGCCAGAGGAAGGUCUUCGUAACCUCAAUUCCCUGGAGGUUUUAAACAUAAAUGGUUGUGGAAGAUUAAAUUGUCUGCCAAUGAAUGGGCUGUGUGGCUUAUCUUCUCUUCGUCAGUUAGUUGUUAGACAUUGUGAUAAAUUCACAUCUCUAUCAGAGGGAGUGCGGCAUCUGACGGCACUUGAGAUUUUAUUCCUUGGAAACUGUCCAGAGCUGAAUUCAUUGCCAGAGAGUAUCCAACAUCUCACUUCUCUCCAAUCUCUAAUAAUUAGGGGUUGUCCAAAUUUGGAGAAAAGGUGUGAGAAAGAUUUAGGAGAGGACUGGCCUAAGAUAGCUCACAUUCCUAAGAUUAAUAUCAGUAAAAGUACUUACUAUAAAAGAUUUAGGAGAAUAGUUGAUAUGCAAAAUUUGUAAUGAGAAUAAAAUAUAUAUUUGUUCGUAGUUUUAAUUUGUUGUAAUUGUUUAAAUAAUUUUUUCAAAUUGAUUGUUGUUUUAUUCUUGAUAUAAAUGUGUAAAAAUGAUUGGUUCAUUAUUUGUUUUAAUUGAGACUUGUUUUACUAGUAC